UGUAUACGCACCUUUAUGUUUACGAUUGUGUUAAUUCGUAUGCGGAAACUCGUAUGGAUACAGGUAGCUGUAACAAGUAGCUGAUAUACAGUAAUUGUCUAUUUAGAAUGACGUGAAAUGAAUGAGAUAUUUAAUAAAAUGUCCAAGGAAUUUGUAACUGUUGAUGGAAAUGUAAAGAAGAUUCAAAAGGAGAAUCUGACUCCAUAUAAAAUAGCAACUGCCAUUUUAAUUAGAGAAUAUUGUAAUGAAACUACAAAAGCAAUUGUGGAAAGACGUGACUUUUGUUUAGCCUCCCUAAAAUUGAUUCAGUCAGCAGACAUGGAAUUGAAUAUCUUGUUAAAUUUAUUAUAUUCUCCGGAAUAUGUUUUACAUCGAUUUGCAAAACAAUUGGAAAUAGAGUUAGAUAUUCUAUGUAAUAAAGGAGUUGAUGGAUUAUUGGAUCUGUUUAACAGUCUUCAUCGAUUAAUAGAAUCCAAGGAACAUCCGCUUUCUUUCUCACCAACAUUGAGCAGAAAUUCUGUUCUUGGGCUGUAUGUUCGUAGAAUGCGUAUUUUUUUUGAAAAAUUGCCUUUUAAUCAAGUGGUCGCACUUUAUAAUGAUCUGAAAAAAUAUGUUGAAAGAAAAAUUUGUAGUAAUAUUUGUAGUACUAGAGACUCUGACAUCUCUAUAAUCUCCAAGCUAGAAGAUUAUGAUAUGAAUAAAGCGAAAACAGUCUGGGGGGGAAGACAAGCUGAAUUACUUGUGGCGCAACAAGCUCAUGCCUUACAAACUGACGAACAUAAAGCGAUGCCGCCAGCAGAACUGCAAGCUCUUGUUCAAGAUCUUUUAAAGUGUAGCCCAUAUUAUGCAGAUGCCCAUUACUUGAGUUAUUUAAAUUGCAUUCGUGUAAACGAUUUCUGCGGUGCAGUGGACAGUCUUUAUCACUGUUUCGACAGAAUGGCUCCUCUGGAGAAUCGAUCCGCACCUGAAGAUCGAUCUCGCACCUUUAGAUACGCGGCACUCAACUUGGCUGUCUUGCAUGCUCAAUUUAACCACAAAGAAGUAGCGCAAUAUGCCUUGAGGGAAGCGAUUACAUUAGCUCAGGAAGCUGGAGACAACGUGUGUUUGCAGCUUGCACAUUCUUGGAUGUAUUAUUUGACCAGCGAGGAAAAGGGACCUCUUAUAGAACGCUCGGUCGGCAAAGCGAGUAUGCUCGGUAUCACACAUACAACAGGCUUGAGCCUGAUUUCACACGCGCACAACUCCGCCCUGGAAGCCAAGAGCCCCCCUCAAGUGUUCGAAACGCUAAUCAAAUCGGACGUGUUGAAUUGUCAGCACUCGAUGUCCGACUUGAUGUCCAUCACUUUCGCGGAGAAGUCUGCGUUAUGGGCGUAUUACGGCAAAACGGAAAUGGCGUCGCUUUGCGCACAAUUGUUGCUCCUUCACAAUACGGGCAAUAAGAAGCAACAUAUGUUUAAUGGGCCGUCCACGUGUCAAGCGAUUGUCACUAUCGCGAAUAUGUUGAUCGAAUUCGGUGAAUACACGCUCAGCGACGUCGUGCUGGCCCACGCCAAGGAGAGAUUCCCUAACGAACCCUGCAACAAAAUCUGGAUGCUGAGCGAACAGCUGCAUUUGUUCACGCAAUUAAUGAGACAAGAGAAAUGGAGCGAGGCAGAGGCAGCGGCCCAAAAUAUCUCCAGUUUGGAUCAGCUGGAAUGCAAGUUCAGAUUAGCGGAGGUCUGCUUAGCGAAGGGUGAUUACCCGGAAGGAAUGAAGUAUAUCGGCAUUAUCGAGGAGCAUUCAGACGUAACUCCGCCGCACAAAAUACGCACCACACUUCUCUACAGCCAGAUAACAUGUGCUUCGUCUUUGUCGGGAAACGGCACAGCCGCCACUAAUUGCAUAGUGCGUCUAAGCUCGGCCUUGGAACUGGCUGCGCAAAAUUAUCUAUCCUACUACAAAGCGCUCGUCAAGAUGCAUCUCGCUAACGUGCAAUUGCUGAUAGGUUUGCCCACGUUGGCUUUGAAUAUGGUGGAAGACGCCAUUCCCACGAUCUUGGGUCAUGGUGGCUGUUAUGAUCAAGGUCAGGCAUUUAUGUUGUACGGCAAGUGCUUGUUGACUUCGGCACCGGAGGGUCCUUUUGAAGCACGGAAAGAAGCGAUCCUAAGCGGAAUAAAAGUCCUUUCGAAGGCGUUGGCACGAUUCACAAAAGUCAAAGCCAUCGCCAGGGUCAAGAGCAUCUUGUAUCUGCAAGCUGUCUUUUACAAUGAGAUUAACCUUUUGCCCGAGCGGAAUCAAUGCGCUUUCGAAUUUCGCCAGUUGGACGAACAAUACCUAACGACAGCUGGCAAUUCGUCUUUGUAUUAAAGAUUAUUAAAGAUUAUAAGAAGAUAGUUUUGUAUAAAAAUAAAAAAGAAACGUUAAACAGCAA